GGACUUUCGUGUAUGAUCCAAUCAACCCUUAAUUCUCUAAUUUUGACCGUUUGACUUUUUUCUGGUUUUGGCCUAUUCUCUCUGUUAGAUUGUUUAGUUUUGAAGAUUUAUUGAUUAGAAACAAACUUGUACCUUAGAAUAUCACUGUGUUGCUAGUGUUUCGAGUAUCCCACGGGUUACUGCUCCUGAAUAUGCUAUGAUAUGUUAUGCAGACGCACGCACAUACAUAACACAACACAUGCUUCUGAAGACUCAAAUUCUUGUCUCAGGCCAAAAAGAAUAAUGAUGAUGUUCACUUCAUAUUCUUGUCUCAAAUUCUUGUUUCGCGAAAUUAGAUGGUGAAUAAGAGGACAGAGGAAGAGAGGCAUAUUCAUUUUCCUUGUUUUAAAGAAAGAGGACACCAUGGAGUUCUGGAAACUCUUCGUUACGGCGUUAAUGCCAGUCCUGAAGGUGCUCUUUCUGACUGCUAUUGGCACAAUUCUAGCACUGGAUCGAUUUGGUAUACUGAAAAAGGACGCUAGGAUGCACCUAAAUACUAUGGUAUUUUUUGUCUUUACUCCCGCUUUUGCUCUCAGCAACCUGGCUGAAGCCAUUACAUUUAAGAGCUUAAUUAUGCUGUGGUUCAUGCCAUUGAAUAUUCUUCUGACUUUUAUCAUCGGUUCUGCUCUCGGAUGGUUACUUAUCAAAAUAACCAGAGCUCCUCGUCAUUUGCAUGGGCUCGUGUUGGGAUGCUGUGCAGCAGGAAAUUUGGGAAACAUGCCUCUUAUCAUAGUUCCAGCUGUAUGUAAAGAAACAAGCAGGCCUUUUGGAGAUGAGGAUGCCUGUAACAGAAAUGGACUGGCAUAUGCUUCUCUAUCCAUGGCACUGGGAAACAUUUUCAUAUGGACUUAUGUCUACAACCUUGUCCGUAUAUCUUCAUGCAAGAAUUCCAAAGCAAGCGAAGUUGAUGAUUCCCCAAUGAAUCCUGCAUCUUUGCCUAAAACCAGUCCUGAUAACAUUUCAACAUUUCCAGUUGGAGCAGUGGUCUUUGCAGAGAAUAUCUCACAGGCAAAAGACUCUGCCAAUGGACUUGAAAUUGAGAUUGCAAGGCAUGACAGAGUAGGAAAGAGUUCGCAGGUAACAAAACAGGCAAAGUUGAUGAAGCUAUUAAAAAAAUUAGCAGAAAAGAUCAAUCUUAAGGCCCUGUUAGCACCUGCAACAGCUGGAUCGAUCAUCGGCUUAAUGAUCGGUGUAAUCCCUCAAUUUCAAAAGGCAUUAGUUGGUGAUAAUGCUCCUCUUCAUGUAAUUGAAGACUCUGUAUCCAUGCUUGGCGAUGCAGCUAUUCCAGCUAUGACCUUGUUAGUUGGGGCAAAUCUUCUAAAUGGUUUGAAAGGAUCAAGUAUGCAACUCCCAAUUAUUAUAGGGAUCAUUAUUGUUAGAUAUGUAGCCUUGCCGGCCUUUGGCAUAGGCAUUCUUAAAGGUGCAAUCCAUAUCGGCUUGAUCCACCACGAUCCAUUGUACAAGUUUCUUUUACUGCUUCAAUAUGCUGUUCCCCCUGCAGUAAGCAUAAGUACAAUUACUCAGUUAUUUGGGGCUGGCGUAGGUGAAUGCUCAGUCGUGAUGCUAGCAACUUAUGGCUGUGCCUCUGCUUCGCUGACUCUGUGGUCCACAUUGUUCAUGUGGCUUGUACUAUAGAGCUUUUCUGCUGCAUUCCCUUUCUUCAAACUUGAAAGCAAAGCACAUUGGAGUCUCAAAAUAGGAAACUAGGAAGAAGGAAUGUGUAGCGCAAAUUCCAGCAAACAAAUGAAUUACGCUAUCGUGGUAUCAAUGAUUUACCAACGAAUGCAUUUUUUUUUUUGUCAUUUUGAUAUUUCAAAUUCAAAUGUUGUUGUCAAUCUAGUGGCCACCGCUGCUGGAUUGGUAAUGAACAGUACAGUCCACUAUGUUUAAUUGCUGUCUUCUCAGAA